AUGUCUUCUGCAAUUCAGCUUUUGAACCCUAAGGCCGAAUCCAUCCGCAGACAGCAGGCUUUGCAGGUGAACAUCACUGCCGCGCAAGGUUUGCAGGACGUUUUGAGCACGAAUCUUGGUCCCAAGGGAACCCUCAAGAUGCUGGUGGACGGCGCCGGCAGCAUCAAAAUUACCAAGGACGGCAAGGUUCUGCUGAACGAGAUGCAGAUCCAGUCGCCGACAGCGGUCAUGAUUGCGCGGGCUGCGUCGGCGCAGGACGAGAUCACCGGAGAUGGCACCACCACCGUGGUUCUUCUUGUUGGCGAGUUACUGAGACAGGCAGAGAGAUUUCUAAACGAAGGCGUCCAUCCCCGCGUGCUGACAGACGGGUUUGAGGCCGCCAGAGAGGAGACGCUCGAGUAUUUGAACUCGUUUGUGGUGAAGCCGCACACGUUAGACAGAGAGCUGCUGUUACAAGUUGCGCGGUCGUCGCUAUCGACCAAGGUGAACCAGGAACUCACCAACGUGCUGACCCCAAUUGUGACCGAUGCGGUGCUGAGCGUGAAGGACAACGAGAGUCUAGACCUGCACAUGAUUGAGAUCAUGGCCAUGAUGCACGAGACGGCCAAGGACACGAAGUUCAUCAAGGGCCUUGUGCUGGACCAUGGAGCCAGACACCCAGACAUGCCAAAACGGGUGGAAAAUGCAUACAUUUUAAUUUUGAACGUGUCGCUGGAGUACGAAAAGACCGAGGUCAACUCUGGAUUCUACUACUCGUCGGCUGAACAGAGAGAGAAGCUUGUUGCGAGCGAGAGAAAAUUUGUGGACGACAAGCUCCGCAAAAUCGUGGAGCUGAAAAAAGAGGUGUGCGGAAACGACCCAAGCAAAGGGUUUGUGGUGAUCAACCAAAAGGGUAUUGACCCAAUGUCGCUGGACGUGCUGGCCAAAAACAACAUCCUCGCGCUCAGAAGAGCAAAGAGAAGAAACAUGGAGAGAUUGCAGCUUGUGUGUGGAGGAGAGGCACAGAACUCGGUGGACGACCUCACUCCGGCAGUUCUCGGGUUCUCGGGCCUGGUUUACGAGCAGACCAUUGGCGAGGAGAAAUUCACGUUUGUCACAGAAAAUGCUGAUCCCAAAUCCUGCACCAUCCUCAUCAAGGGUGCCCAUAACCACGUGGUGCAGCAGACCAAGGACGCCAUCAGAGACGGUCUGCGUGCGGUGGCGAACGUGAUCAAGGACCAGAUGCUGGUCCCAGGAGCUGGAGCUUUCUACAUGUCUGCCUCCAAACACAUUCUAGAGACGAAGGCCAACAAGGGCAAGCUGAAGCCGGGUAUCAAGGCUUUUUCCGACGCGUUGCUUGUGAUACCUAAGACACUGGCCAAGAACUCUGGCCUGGAUGCGCUAGAGGCCAUCUCUGCUUGUCAGGACGAGAUCGAGGAGGGCCAGACGGUCGGAAUCGACCUGAACUCAGGUGAGCCGAUGGACCCUACCAUCGACGGAAUAUGGGACUCGUUCCGCGUGAUCAGAAACGCAAUCUCGUCUGCCACGGGCAUUGCGUCGAACCUGCUCUUGUGUGACGAACUGCUCAAGGCAGGACGCUCGUCGCUGAAAGACCAGCCACAGUCAUGA